GUUUAAUAAAUACAAACUGUUGCCAGUGCCUGAGAAUGCAUAUCAUUUACCCUGAUGAAAUCUACCAUGUGCUAAAUUACCACUACCAGUAAUGAUUAUGAAUACGGUGAAGUAGCCAUGAAAGAAAAUAGUGCUGAUAAUGAUUCUUGCUAUGUGGAGAGGAAUACCGAAAUGGAAAGAUUGGCACACCAUGAAAAUGGAGAAAAAAAUAUUAAAUUGGAUGAUUUUAUUUCCAACACUAAAUUUGGGUGUCUUCAUCUUCGAAUGUUACUCACUACUGGAGGGGCAUACUUCGCCGUGUGUGCAGAAUUAGUGGUGUUCGUUUUUCUGAGUCACCCAGUAAAAAAAGAAUGGAGCCUGGAUAAGUUCAUUUUCCCCCUGUUACCCCUGGGGGGUGGCAUUGGAGGCAUCGUAGGGGAGUGCACGUUUGGAAUUAUCAGUGACAAGUAUGGCAGAAAAUGGCCAUUCGCUGCUGCCGUUUCCAUUGUCGCUCUGUUUGGAAUAGCCUCAGCAUUUGCACAAUCAUUCCUAGUCCUUGUUGUCUUGCGUAGUUGUGUGUCUAUUGGUAAUGGGGCAGUUUCAUCAAUUGUCUUUGCUUACCUACUUGAAUUCCUUCCCCAGAAAAAUCGUGGAAAAUGCAUGGUUGGUGUGACUUUCUGUGGGGCACUAGGAGCUGUGUUUGCUGGAGGAAUGGCAUGGUGGUUGCUAGAGAACUACAGCUGGAGACACUUUGUGGCUGCCUGCACAGCACCUGCAUUUAUUGUGUGCCUUGCAGCAUUUUGCCUGACAGAGGAAUCACCAAGAUUCCUGUUCAUUUCUGGUGAAGAAAUUGGAGGGAAAAGAGUGCUGCAGAAAAUGAUUACUGAACCUUUAGCUUGGCAAGGUGAAAUAGAGUGCUCAUCCUCAGAGAAACGUGGUCGGAUUUCUCAGCUGUUUUCACCAGGAACUAGAAAGAAGACCAUCAACAUUGGUUUGAUCUGGUUUCUACAGGCUACAGGUUACUGGGGAGUUACCAUCUACCUCCCUGAAUACAUGGGAUCGCUGGGAGUGGAUCCAUAUUUUAACAUGUUUACUGUAUUCAUAGGAGAGCUUCCAGGACUAUGCUUAGCUAUGAUAAUGAUAGAACCCUACAUGUUGGGCCGUAUUCGAUGUUUACAAGUAUUUUCUUUAUCAACAAGUAUAUCCUUGCUUUUAUUUGCUUUUGUAGGCAUUGACUUUUUGAAAGCUGUUUUUGUAAUAGUAUGUUAUUUCUUUAUGGUGCCAAUAUAUUCAAUAUUAAGCACUUUUACACCGGAAGUGUAUCCCACUCACAUCCGUAGCACUGCCAUGGCUACAAUGUACAUGAUUAUUGAGAUUCCAGGGUUGAUUACACCCUUUGUUGGGGAGUAUCUCCUUUCUAGUAACAUUACAUGGCUAUACCCAGUGGUAUGGGCAGUGGUCUUCUUACUUCAGAGUCUGGCUAUUUGUGGACUUCGAUCCGAAACAGCAGGCAAGGCAUUAAAAGACUCAGACAAAGAAGCAUUAACAAAGGAAAUGGCAGAAACUGCCAUCAAUUAAGGAUGAUUAUAGUUUAAACAAGAUAUGAUUAUAAUCUACCGAUUAUAAAGACUUCCAAACAAAGUACUGGCUGUGUAAAAGUGGCUUUUUCUGAUCGAGUACUACUAUUUUCCUCCCUUGACAAAAUCCAUGCCAAUUUUAACUUCAUUUUGAAAAUUUAGAUCACGAAGACUGAUUUUGAAAUUUUUCAAAAAUUCCCUUUUUCCUUCAGUAAAACUGGUAUCACUUCACCUUGAUCCUAGUUUGUAGGUCCCAACAUUCUCUUAUCAUUUUUGAUGAUCGCAUGUCUCUAUCAGUCCCGGUUCUAAAGUUAUACAAGUUUUUAUAAUCAAGGUCAAUGGAAAUACUAGUUUGUAGGUCACUUAUUAAACAUCCUUUUAUCAUUUCUAAAGAUUCCAUGUCUCUAUUGGCCCCAAUUCUGAAGUACCAUAAUAUUCUAUGUUCAAGGUCACUGGAGUCACAUGACCUUGAUACCAAUUUAUAGAUCCCAUCAUCCUUUUAUUAUUUCUGAAGAUCCCAUCUUUUUAUCAGACCUAGUUCUUAAGUAAUACCAAGUUUAUGUUCUAAGGUCAGAGGUCACUUGACCUUGAUACUAGUAUGUAGAUCUUAUCAUCCUCUUAUCAUUUCUGAAAACCUCAUGUCUCUAUCAGACCUGGUUCUUAAGUAAUACCAGUUUUAUGUUCUAAGGUCAUAGGUCACUGGAGUCACUUGACCUCGAUACUAGCUUGUAGGUCCUGUCAUCCUCUUGCCAUUUCUGAAGAUCCCAUGUCACUAUUAGUCCCGGUUUAAAGUUAUACCAGUUUAUAUGUUCAUGGUCAGAGGUCAAGGUCACUGGACCUUAAUACGAGGCCCUGUCAUUCUCUUUUCAUUUCAAAAGACCCCACAAUGCUUAUCAUAUUUGUCAAAUUAUAUCUGUUGAAUUUUGGAAUUAAUUUUUUCCUCAGAGUUCUAUGUUAAACCCCACCCCCAUUUGACACCCCCCCCCCCCCCCCCAAUGUACCCUAACCCCCUUCAAUCUGAGAACAAAAACAUUUCUGCACAUCUAGAUACAUUGGCCUAUCAUAUCCUUAAAUAUCUAUUACUUUCAUCAACUGGUUACGGAGAACGGUGUCGGGACAGUUUAGGUGCAAGGAAGAAGAAGCAAAAGAAUAAUAAGAACUGAGCAAUAACAAGAAGUUUCCAAGCUUCGUUUGGGAGACUUAAUAAAGCAAUUGGUGUCCCUUCAUUGCAUGGGGAAACAUCAACACUUCUGCAAAUGGAAUCUUGGUUCACAAAUAGUCAGAGCUUUCUUAAUCACACCUUAUCUUCAUCACAUGAUAAAGGAGUUUUAAGGUCGCAUCCAAUGUCAAGGUCACAGUGAGGUUUGAGGAACCCCUUUGUGUUGCAUGUUAAAUAGAAUAUGCAUCAGCAGUCUCAACACUGUGACACAUCGAGUUUCACUUGAACCAGAAACUUUAGUGAACUUUUUCCAAAUUCUUGUCAAAAUUAGUCCAUUUUAACACAAGGCUACAAUUUUAAUUCAUAUCCAAGAAACUUCAGGUUGAAUUUAGAUUUAUACGCAUCAAUACGGUUAAUGUGGGACAAUAAUCAAAUGCCAAAAGGUAAGCAUUGUGACCCAGGAAACUCUAAUUUCAAUUUUAGAACAAGCACAGAGGCUUUCUGUGGAAUCAUACAGAUUUGUUGGGGGCCAAAUUUUAUGGAUGAUUGAGAUACAAAUUAGAAAUUUUGGAAUGUAACUCUUUGCAUGACUUUUGUACCUCAAAUCAUGGGAUAAAUUGUGUAUUUUGUUGAAGAUUUAGAUUUGUGGGAAAUUGAGUUCCACAAUAUAACAUGCUACCUAGUGUAAUUAUAAUGUAAACAGAAUUGGACAUCAUAAUAUUGUCAAUCUAAUCAGACUAAAUCUGGGUAACAGAAAUGGCUUGUCCAGAGAGCUAAAGUCAGUUGUGUAAUUUCAUUUCUAAAAAACUAAUAAUCUUGCAUAAAUUCGAACUUGCAGGGAUGAUGCAUCUAUGGAUAAACAUAACUUUAUGAUUUGGAAGCUGCAUCUGACAUGGGAUUUUAGGAUGAGUGACCAUGUUAUAGUUUGUUUUUAGCUCACCUGAGCUGAAAGCUGAAGUGAGCUUUUCUGAUCUCCUUUUGUCCAUCUGUAAACUUUUUACCUUUUUUUACUUGUUCUCCAGAACCAAUGGGCCAAUUUCAACAAAACUUGUCGAAAAGCAUUCUUUGGUGGAGGGCUUUCAAGUUUGAUUAAAUGAAGAGCCAUGCCUCCUUCAAAGGGAAGAUAAUCACAAUAAUGCAGAAAUAGGGUGGUGUGAUUUUAAAAUCUUCUUCUCAAGAACCACUGGGCAAAAAAACCUGAAGUUUACAUGACCCACAGGGGUAGGUUGGAGCCGCAACAGGAGAUCAAAGUUUACAUGCGAAUAUAUAGGUAAAAUCUUUGAAAAUCUUCUCAAGAACCACUGGGGCAGGAAAGUACAAAUUUACAUGAAAGCUUCCUGAUGUGGUGAUUUAAGGUUGUUUAAACUAUGGCACCCGGGGGUAGGAUGGGGCCGCAAUAUGGGAUCAAAGUUUUGCAUGCAAAUAUAAUUUAAUUUUACUUGUAAAACAAAAUUUUAUUGGCUGAACACUGAAAAAAAUUUGUUUAUAUUGUAUAAUGUAACUUAGUAUGGGGACACGCCCCUUGACAACACAGAAUAGCACUACUCGUUUUAAAAUUUCACAUUGUAGCAUCGUUAAGUUGUAUGCCUUCUAUGAAAUAGAAAAUCAACAGAACAAACCGUGCAGAGUAACAUACCUUUCUUUGACCCUUUUCUCAAUAUUAAACAAGGCAUACUUUUUUUUUUUACUUAUAAGUGCACAAAACAUUAACGGUAAAACAUCACCGGAUACUAAUUCUGACACAAUGAUAUCACUUUCAUAAUAAUGGUAUAAUAUAUAAGUACUUGCAACUUUGCGGUUUCAUUAUAAAAUAUAUUUUCACUUGAGGGAUUAUUACAUUAUCCACUUAUCAAAGCAUAUAUUGCGUCACGUAUUACAAAAUGUACAUGUACUAGAUGACGUCACGCCAAAUCAAUGACAUGUGGAUCGCAUUCUGUGAAUUGUUUACAUUUUACUGUCUGAUUUAAUAGGCGACAAUGCUGAAUACAUAAUGGUAAGUUAUAAUUAAGUUGAAAACUUUUAUAAAGUCAAGGAACUGCAAUUCUUGUAGUAUUUUUUGAUGUAUGAUGUAUUUUGUGUGAUGUUGGGUUUAGAUUUAUGAGAACAAAAUAUACCCGUAGUAUCUGUUGGAUCAUCUCAAAAGUCGGUCUUGCGCUGUGCAGUAAACAUUAGGUCUACAUAUGUAGCUUACACAUAUCUUCUCUAUUUUGUAUAAAUGUAGACUUGUACAGUGUAGAUUUGUCUUUUUACAUUAGAUUAUAAGGAAUGAAGCUAAUUUUGACCUAUGUUAUACGAUAUAAUGUAACUUAAUGGUGCAGUUUACACUUCUUAUAAUCUGCUUUGUGGGAAAAUCUUUAAAAAUCUUCAACUAAGAACCACUGAGCCAGAAAUGUUUAAAUUUACAUGGAAGCUUCCUGACAUGUUGCAAAUUCAAGUUUAUUAAAAUCAUGCCCCCCUCCCCCUCCCCCCUGGGAAAGGGUGGGACCACAAUAGGGGAUCAAAGUUUUACAUACAAUUAUAUAGAGAAAAUCUUUAAAAAAUCUUCUCAAGAAGCAUUGGCCAAAGAAGUUUACAUUUACAUGAAAGCCUCCUGACAUAGUGCAGAUUCAAGCUGAUAAAAUCAUGGCCCCCAGAGGUAGGUUGGAGCCAAAAUAGGGAUCAAAGUUAUACAUCUGAAUGUAUAAAGGGAAAAUCUUUAAAUAUGGGUCAAGAUGACUCAGGUGAGCGAUGUGGCCCAUGGGCCUCUUGUUUUAUUUUUGUUUUUGGUUGGGUUUUUUUUUUUUACAGCUGGUGAAAGUUGAAAUGGUGCAUUUCUAAGAAACUAUGAACCUUACAUAAUCAAAACUUGCAUGGAUGCCCUCAACCAUUCAAGAUUCAGAUGCUGCAUCUGAUCUAUAACUUCUGGUUGAGUACACUAUUGACCUUCUUUUUUUAAUCAGUAUUAAAUCUAAUUUCUAUGCAGUUCAAACUUGCAUGGGGAAUUCUCAUCAAUUUCAAUUUUUACUAAAAAAAAAAAAAAAAGUAAGGCCACAGUUUUUUAAUUUAUUGGUUUACGGAUUUUAAAAAAAUAAUUUAGGGUCGAUCGGGAGAGAAAAAUAAACAUUUUUUGAUAUCUAUCGUUGUUUUAUUUUCAAUAAGUCAUUAACAUCAUUUCGUGGGUACAAAAAAACAACAACAUGUAUUAAAUAUUAGUUAAAAAAUUCUUUAGAGUGACUAAGUAUGUUAUGAAUUUUGAAAAAAAAUGCAAUUUCAAAUUCAGUGUAUAACUAUUACAUGUAUCUAUGUUACACUUUGGUAGAACAUAAGCUGAGAAUGUGUAAGGUCAUGCAUAUCUCUUUGAUGUUGUAAAGUAUCCAGUAUCUAUACUAUGUUGUUCAGUAAUUUUGCUGUAUUGCUCAAUAAAGAGUUUACAUUUACAAAUUGUAAAUAUAAGAAAAAAAUAAUAAUAUACGCACUAUUGCAAUUUUAUGUAGUAAUUCCAUUUUUAAUUUCAGAAUGUUUAUGCUCCCAUGAAAUAAUUUUUAACCCCAUUUUCCCCACAUAACCAUGCCCAUGGAAUUAUCUACCACCUUAUUGAAAGAAAUGUUUCUUGUUUUUCAUGUUUAUUUGAUACUUAAAUUUUUUCCACAGUGACCACUACACAAGGUAUACUAAUUUUCGAGAAAUAUGCAUACCUUUCUGAGUUUCAUCUGGGAAUUAGUCAUGUUUUUUUUUUUACAGGCGUUCAUUAUACAUCUGUAAUAUCAAAAGCAUCCAACAAUUUCUCACACUGUUCUAUUCCCUGUUCGGAUUUUUGACAGCAGAGAUGCAUGUACAUGUAUUCAAAUACAUUUAUUAUGACAUGUACUGCUGUGGUAUAAAGUCACUCGUAAGAAUAAUCUAACUGCGUAUCAGUACAGGCCCUCACCACACUCAAACCGGGUCUGUAGGACAUAAUCACUUUAACGAUGGAACAUCGUAUCUAGUAGUAGUAAAGUCGUUAACAACUGUAACUUCCUCUCAUCUUUAAACACCCAAAUAGCACUGCAUUUCGUGUUAUGUUAGCAGCAAGAAUACCGCCAAUUGUAUGAAAAAUCUUUAUUUCUAUCAAAUUCUUUUUUUUCGUCAUGAAUGCCAUCUGGCAUCUGUUUCGUCGACUUGAACGAUAUAGGUAUUGUUACUGUCAUCAUGGCCAUAUCUGUGUUUACAUGGUUUUUCAAAAUACAGUAAAAUAUCUCUAUCUUGAAGUCCGAGGGACCUCAAAAAAACUUUGAGAUAUCCGGGGGUUCGAGAUAUCCAAAAUCGAUCUUGGAUAUUUUUUAAGGAGGAUAUUUGAUGCAUAGUAUUGGAUUUGCAUUAUAAACAAAAAACCCGUUGCUGUUUCUUAUAGUUUAAUACAAGUUGAUAAAUUAAUAUUGUGGAAUUUCAAAGACAAACAUUUCGGUUUUUUUAAUCCAAUUGAAUUCACAAUGUGUUUCAAAAUUAAGAUGAUCGUGCCUGUAUGCUUACUUUAAGUUCACUGAUGUCCAGGCUUGACUGGGAUGUAGUUAUUGCGUUGUAAUGAAAGAACCUAUCAUGUAAGAAACAAAAAAGACAGAUUAAAAAACAAACUUUUAAAUGUUUAUUAAAUAAAUUUUCAUGUUUUCUCUGCUCUAGUUUUAAUGAUGAAGUGUGUAUUAUUAAAUGCAUUAUCGUUAUAUAGAGCAUUAUUUUCAAGCGUAUUUCGACGAUUUUGUGCGUUUAUCUAACCCAUAUGUUAAUGAUAGAGCUUGUGUCAUUCAAAACACCAUUCCUGGAAUCGGUUGUGUUAGUUUAUAAUUGGCAGUGAACUUUAGCCGUAAUGUUGGAAGGCUUCACUAAUUACCCAAACUGUUGAACCAUUUAUUGCGACCUGGGUCUACUCGGAAAAGGCGAACGUGGAUUAGCAGUCAUUCAUUAUAAUUGAUGUAGCCGCGGGUGUGAAUGUGUGACUUAACGACGCCAGGUAUGGUAAGCAGAGCAGAAAAUUGACUGUACUUCGAGAUAAACCAGGUGAAUUUAGGGUAUGGGAUCUUGAAAAUACUUCGACAUAAACGGAGUAUUCAAGAUUACCAUGUUCGAAAUAUCAGAAGUUUUUUUAAUCAUUUAUAUAGGAAAAACAGCCGGGACCGGCGGUCGACUUCGACACAAGCGGGGUAUUUUAGAUAAACCAUAUUCGAGAUACAGAUAUUUUACUGUACGGAAUAAAGAUUUUUGCAAAACGAAUAGUGAUUACCAAUACGCAAUUUCCGAGUUGCCCACUAGUUCUUUCCCUUUGUGGAACUCUUACGCACAGUGAGACACAAAACAUACUAUCGUCCACACGCGGUGGGUACAAAUGCUUAUCGCUGCCUUCAUAUAUUGCCUAAAGGCCGAAUAUCAGACAUUAUGCAACCAUCCAAACUGCAGGGACACACAAUAAUAGUAAGUUUACGUAUCUAAUAAUAAAUUAGCUCUAACAAAAAUCGAUAAUCACCAUUUUUCUUUGAUUAAAAUAUCACUCGUGCAGAGGAGGAAAUAAGAAAUAAUUUCAUAUUUAAUUUGAUGGCCUAAUUCGAACAAAUAUUGUUCUUGAUAUGGUCAUUUUAAUGUAUUACAACAGCUGAUAUAAACAAAAUUUACAUUUUCAUUACUUUUAUCUGUAUUUACAUAGCUAGUCUAUAGUAUAUGUAUACAUCUUGUACCUACUCAAGCGUUCAACAGAACACUGAACGUACCUCCAUCACAGAAGAGCUGAUAUCUCAUAAGUUGCGUAUUACAAAUCAAUAGGUUUGCGUUUCACGAUUUUCUAUUCAAUUGAAAAUGCAUUUUAUUUUUAUUUUCGGUUUGACAUGUUGGGUAGAAUCAGCAGAAUUAAAUUUUAUUUUUUUUUCCAAUUCCCCAGAAAUUAGGGUCAGUGGAUCCGUAUACCAUAUGAAAUAAAAAAAACUGGCCUAAUAUAAAAUUAACUCCGUUGAAGUGUAAUACUAUGAUUCCAUUUCAGUUAACAUAAAUGAUGAAUCUCAUUGAUAAAUCACAUUAAGGAAGCUUAAUUUGUUGCAUUAAUCCUAUACAUGACGUACUGCCCUGCACAAGUUUCGUUUAUCCAGCGAGAUAUUCUAAACAACUUUCAUUAUGGAGAUGUUCAGAUUUGUCAGACCAAUCUGGUAGAUCUUUCUUAGGUCCUAUAAAAAACAUUGGAUUGUCUGUCUUGAAGUGCAACGAAAACAAGAGAUGUUUGUAAAACACAUAUGCCCCCCAUGGUGCAAAAUUGAAAAGGGUUAUACACGCACAUCAUUUAAUUGAUAGCAUCAUCAAUUCAAAAUAUUGAGCAGACAAUAUCUUCCUAUGUCAAGAAUGAAUUGACCAUGUGACCUAAAAAUAAAUAGGGGUCAUUGACUCCUUAUGCUGUACCAGUGUGCCAAGUUUGGUGUCAAUCAAGCAAAUAAUUCUUAAAAUAUAGGAGACAAUAUAUUACUAUGUCCAGUUCAACUAUUGACUUUUGACCUCAAAAUCAAUAUGGGUCAUCUUCUCCUGAAGAUGUACCAGUGUACUAAGUUUGAUGUCUGUCAAGCAAAAGGGUUAUCAAGAUAUUGAGUGGACAGUAUAAUAUAUGUCCAGUUUGACCCUUGACCAUGUGACCUCAAAAUCAAUAGGAGUCAUCUUCUCCUGAAUAUACACCAGUGUACUAAGUUUGAUGUCUGUCAAGCCAAGGGUUCUCAAGAUAUUGAGUGGACAGUAUAUUCCAAUGUCCAGGUUAACCCUUGACCUUUAAACAUGUGACCUCAAAAUCCAUAGGAGUCAUCUUCUCCUGAAGAUAUACCAGUGUACCAAGUUUGAUGUCUGUCAAGCAAAGGGUUCUCAAGAUAUUGAGCAGACAUUAUAUUACUAUGACCAUUUUGACCCUUGACCUUUGACCUCAAAAUCAAUAGGGGUCAUCUUCAGAGAUGUACUGGUGUACCAAGUUUGAUGUCUGUCAAGCAAAGGGUUCUCUAGACAUUGAAUGGUCAGUAUAUUCCUAUGCCCAGUUUGACCCUUGACCUUUGACCUCAAAAUCAAUAGGGGUCAUCUACUCCUUAGGAUUUACCAUUGUAGUUUGAUGUCUUUCAAACAAAGGGUUCUCAAGAUAUUGAGCGGACAUUAUAUUCCUAUGUCCAGAGUAGAUUGACCCUUGACCUUUUGACAUGAAAAACAAUAGGGGUCCUCUUCUACUAAUAACCAACCCACAUAUGAAAUAUCAUCAUCAUCAAGUGAAUGGUUCUCAAGAUAUUGAGCGGACAACAUGUGGUCUACUGACCGACCGACAGGUGCAAACCAAUAUGCCCCUCUUCUUGGAAGGGGGGCAUAAUAAUAAGCUUAAGGUUAUGGCAUCUCUGUAAAUUUGAGUUUUUAAACUUUUUGUGAUUUGGAAAUUUUGACACUGAUAAUAAAAGCCAGAUCAGUAUAGAUUUCUCAUUGAUAUAAUUAACAACCAUAAUUGUAUGCACAUUCCAAACCUUUAUGCACAAAAAAAAUUAGAAGAUAUUGAACAUAACUCAUAUCUCAUUCUACUUUAUUUUGAACAUCUCUGGCACAUCAUUCAAAUAUAACAAUUUUUUUCAUAGUGAAUGUAAACUGCAUAAUUUUAGGAGGAUCUCAACUUUGUUUUGUAUCAAUAAUUUAUUUUGUUUUUCUUUAGGAGUCAUUUCAUAAUCUGUGUUUAAAAUAUUUAAGUGCUUUAGCAUGGUUGUUUUGCUGAAACAGAAAAAUUGGUCAAUAUUUAGAAAUAAAGAUAUUUGACUGUG